UGAUACGAAUACGGGUCUGUUCGCGGAACACGUCAAGAAACAAUUAAACGUGGCACCAUACACACAAGACUGCAUAUCGUAUCGAGUAAAACAUAAACACGAGAGAUUCUUGCGAGGCAUGAUGAGGAUGGUGUUGUCGCAUGGUGGCGACCGCAUCACACGUCACGAAAGUAGCGCGCGUUAGACACAAAACGCCGGCGUAACAGGCAUGUAAAAUCAUCGAGGGAACUCGAGCAUCUUCGGCGAGCCCCGCCCUGUAUAUAUUUAUAAAUCGGGAUCCAACGAAUAGUGUCCACACCCGCGGCCGGCAGACCCGGUACGCUUCGGAAGCACCCGAAUCGACCAGCAAGAAGCCGAAAAAAGAGGAAGAAAAAAAGGGCCGCCGAUGGAACAGGAGAAGUAAGGACAGGAUAUACGUUCGCGAGUGGCGCAACAAGUGAAACAAGGGGCCACGCACCGGUGUGCCUCGUACUGGACGCACGCAUCACCACGGGAACUCGCGAAUCCGAUCGUGAAAGUCUACGCCCUCGACAUAGUAACUGGAAGGAACACGUGAAGACACCGUCCAGAGGAAGGAAGAAGUAGGCAACAAUGUCGAUUGUAAUGCAGUACGUGGACCGGCUCCACGAGAUACUCGACAAGCAUGCAGAUCAGAGAACAACGGACUGGUUUCUGAUGAGCUCGCCGUUUCCCACGCUGGUCAUCUGCCUGGCUUACGUCUACGUCGUCAAAGUCCUCGGGCCUAAGCUGAUGGAGAACAGGAAGCCGUUUCAGCUGAAGAACACGUUGAUAGUGUACAAUAUGUUCCAAAUGAUGUUCUCCGCGUGGCUGUUCUACGAGUGCCUGAUGGGCGGAUGGUGGGGCCAGUAUAGUUUCCGUUGCCAGCCGGUGGACUAUACCAACAAUCCCACAGCGAUCAGGAUAGGAAUGUCCGGAUGGCUGACUGGCGACUAUUCCCUAAGGUGCCAACCCGUAGACUACAGCGAUCGACCCCAAGUACUAAGGAUGGUGCACGCAUGUUGGUGGUAUUACUUCUCUAAAUUCACGGAGUUCAUGGACACGAUCUUCUUCGUGCUGAGAAAAAAGAACGAUCACGUGUCGACGCUCCAUGUUAUUCAUCACGGUUGCAUGCCGAUGUCGGUGUGGUUCGGCGUUAAAUUCACGCCAGGCGGUCACUCGACCUUCUUCGGUCUCCUGAACACGUUCGUCCACAUCGUGAUGUACAUGUACUACCUAUUGGCCGCGAUGGGCCCGAGGCUGCAGCCGUACCUCUGGUGGAAGAAGUACCUGACCGUCUUCCAGAUGAUCCAGUUCGUCGCCGUGAUGAUCCACGCGUUCCAACUCCUCUUCAUCGACUGCAAUUACCCGAAGGCGUUCGUCUGGUGGAUCGGACUGCACGCGACCAUGUUCUUCUUCCUGUUCAACGAGUUCUACCAGCAGAACUAUCUGCACAGGCGAAAAGCGAUGACGAACGGUCUCGCGAAGAAGGAACAUCGACAGACAACGAUCAGCCAACAGGCGAACGGUCUGUCGAACGGAAACACCAGUAACGCGACGUCCACCACGGGGAGACGAGACGCAGCUGACUAUUACGUGAAAGGGGACAGUCUCGCGGCGUCGGAGCUGAACCUUCGAAAAUCGUACACGACGACCGAGUGACAUGAUUCCCGGCGACACGUCGUUUAGACCAUCAUCGAUUCACAUCUCGACAACCCCCAUAAACCAUCCAUCGAUCCUACGAGUCGCAUAUCCAGGCUUCGCUCUUUCACCCUUCCCCGAUCCUGGACCUUCCCCCCCCCCCCCUUCCAAUGGGGACUCCGAACAGCAUAUCGACUAACAGCCCGUGUGUACAGUGAAGAAAAAAAAUAGAGAAGAGUACAAAAUUGCUCCGUGCAGCCGCAAAAGGAGAGGACAGAUAGAAGAUAGAUAGGUAGAACGAGAAGUUAGAGAACGAAGUGAGACGAUGUACUCUCUAUGGAGUAUACCUACAGUCCAGAGGUGACCUGUUGGUUAAUUAUAGUGCCUUUUAGAGUUACGAUGACUUCGUAUAAACAGCAGGGGUUCGGAUGUUUCACGCCGUUUAAGGGUUUCGGUGGCAAGUUCAGCGUUCAGGGACGGUCAACGUUUUUGAAGGGGUAGCAAAUGACACAUUUAGCGGCUUGUACCCUUGAGGGUAUUACUGAGUCACAUUUAAAGUCACUACAGCUCGGAGAGGCACUAUACCAAUCUAAUUACCUGACGAACGGGAUACACGAGGGACCGAAUGAGAUAGAGCAAUAACAAAGUAAUGACCCAGUGUCUCGUUCGGUUUGUCGGUGACUUAGCCAAUAAAUCAUCUCUGGAGUGUACAAGAUGUUUAUGGGAAUACGUGUCGCGACUCAAUGUCACGGACAGGACCUACCUGCCAUCCCCAUCGCGAUGCAAAUAUCCGCCCGCGAUUCAUUCCUCGGGUGGCGCGCUUCCGCGUCGUCGUCGAUCGUUCCACGAAACGGGGAGAAAAUGGGGACGACAUAAGAAAACGGGGAACGUCUGUACGGUACUACCAGAGUUUUCACAGAUAACUUUAUGUCUUCGAUAUACAGUGGGCUUUAUAUAUUAUAUAUUGCCAUGGUCGGGACUGUGGGAGUAAAACGGCAAUAAGUUCAGAGCCCCCUCCAUGCUAAGU